UUUUCUCGCUGUUUUUUAUUUAAUGAAGUACUUUUAUCAUUUCUUCUCACCAUGAGUUCGAGUUCAUAUUUCGUCAACCCAGCGUUUUUUCCGACUUAUCCUCAUGCAGGAGAGCAGUUUUAUGCCACCCCUCCCGGCAGCUAUGAACUCUCAUCAUGUGCUUUUAGCAAGAACCCCAAAACAUCAUCCUAUUCAUCAAGUUCUUCGCCGCCGAGCCUCGGGGCGUCGACAAAGCCAUCAUGCACCCAGCAGCUCGGUGCUACCACAUUUUAUGGGGGAGGGACAUUAUCGAACUUUUCUACGGCAGCAGGGUACGGUGACCAUUCGACGACGUCGGCAGGUUACGGGUCCAUCUCCCAACCGAUCUCACCAACGAGUGCGUGGGAUUCCAGAAUGGCUGCCACGUAUAAUUCGACUUCAUGGGGUAGCACAGCGGCGGAGUUAAGUGACGGGAGCUACAGGGGUAGAGUGAACGCUCUGGCCGCUGGUACAGGUUGUUUGGUAUCAGCCGCAGCAGUAGAACCUAACAACAAUCAUUGCUCACAGGUGAUGUCUCCUUGUAAAUCUACCUCAGGUUAUCCAUGGAUGCCCGUGGCAGGUGAGGAACAUUGUCUCUUUGACUUGAUUUUCUUUGAAUGCAAAUUUUGUCAUGUAGUGCCGCAUCAUCGAAGAUGUUACUCCAGAUUGGGUUAAAUUAAGGGUAAACAUACUCGUGUGUAAAAUAAUGCCAGAUUCAUUGUCACUUUUACUCAGUGCUGAUGAAAAUCAUGAUUGACCCGAUAAACAUUGUUAUUAAUCUAUAUUUUGCGAAAUUUCCUGUCAAAAUAGGCAUGUUCACCAUUAUGACCCAAUAUUUAUGACAUUGGUCGAUUUUUUUUCUCACUUAUGACACCCAAAGUCUUUAGGCUUACAGAAAAAAAUGGGGAAAAACUAUUAGUAGGGCUUGUUCAGAUACACCAUCCAAUCUAUACCAAAAUUGAAGUUGAUAAGCCCAGAAAGCACCAUAUCUGUUGAAACAUAUCCCCUCAUUAUCGUUAAUACAUAAACUAAAAUUAUAUUUACUACUCUAUCUGUAUUUUCAAUAUGGUAUUUAAAAUCAUUAUCGUGUCAAUUACUUUUCUUAUCAAUAUCUCUUUUAAAAAUCACCUUUUCCCCAUAACUGGUAUCAACUGAGCUUCAUCACUAAUCAACUAAUAUUAUUUACUUGUAUUGUAAGGGAUACGAAUUGAUUUAAUCAUCAUGCAUUGUGGGGUGUGUUUUUUUUUUGUUAUCUUUCCCAUUAUCUUUGUUUGAAAGCUAUUGUCUUGUGAACAUAUUCUAUUCUGGAUGUAGCUAUAACAAAAUAUCAAGUAUUUUGUUUGGCAUAACGUAUUAUUAGCGGUUGUACACGAUAGGAAACUAAACUGAGAAUAGUUUCGAAGUCACGCAAGCGUUGAUUUCCUCUGUAAACGAAAAAUGAAACUACAAUCACGAUGGUGGGACAGACUGGUUUGUGGCAAUCGCUUAUUUAAGUAGGUGAAUAAGCUAGAAUUAGAAAGUAAGAUAAUUUUUUUUUUUAUGUUGAUGGUGUAUAACAACAUUAUACAUGUUAUACCAACAUACCAUAUAGUAGGCGUGUAUAAUGCAUUUCGUUCAUACACUGAUGUUGAAGCUAAAUGUGUGCUCCUUUAUCUGAUAUAUUAUAUUUGUAUAUUCUAUUAUCAGCAGUUACCUUAAUUAGUCAUGUAUUGGAUAAUAAUUGUGCAAAGGUGUCAAAUAUGAAUUAUAUUACAGAAAAAAUAUUCAGUAGAAUAUUUUUUUUUAAAACAUAUUUACAGUGUGGUGCAUUAUUGACCUAUAGGGGUGAAUCCUCGGAGCGUUUCUUAUGAAAAAAAUCACGCAAAUAUAGUUAGGAAGGAAAAACCCCAAAUCAUACAUAAUUCUUAGAUGAAAAAAAGGAAUGUAAUCAGGUAAGAAAACUAUAUGUAGCUCUAUGCUACCGGACACAUGCAUCUUUUUAGUUGAUGAAGGUACAUCUAGCAACGAAUUCCAUUUCCAUGGUUGUCUUAAAAAUCGUAUUUAAUUACGGCUAAUUGAGGAAGAGCCCAGGCAACGCCAACGGAUUAGUUGUAUUUGUGUUUGGUAUUAAGUUUUUUUCUUAACUUCUUAAUGGGGCUAAGAUCGUAAGUCACAGACGAUAAGCCAAGGUUGUAACUGACACCAUAAUACAUGUCAUGAGGACACGCAUUCAACGCGUUUAUUUUAACGUUUUUAUGACGUCGUAAAAUCCAAAGUUAGUGACUUCGCGUUGUGAUAAUUGGUCUACCACGCGCCUUCGUACAGUAUACUGAAUCCAAUUCGUUUAUUUCAACCAUUCGAGCUGUUCUUCUGGAUCGAAAUUGAAAUCAUCGUGAAUUUCUUCAGUUUAUAUUUCCUUUUGUUGGUUUUAACUAUUGUAUUGUACUCUGACGCAUGCGUGGUGUGCAGUAACAUGGUUAAAUCAUAUGCCUGCAGUGUUCAUGCAUUUUUUCAGUUGGUAAAUCCCAUCAUGAAGGUGGCUAUCACAUACUGGUACAGAUCAUUCUUUCAGCUCUUAUGUCCUAAAACUUUUUAAUUAGCGUUUUUCAUGUGAAUUUUACGAUUGUACAGGAACGUUUCUUUUCAUUGUUUUUUUUUAAUGAUGGGGAAUUAUCUGUACAAAGCCUGUCGACUCCUGUGGUUCUUAUUUAACUUACUCGCUUUCUAUAUGUUUAAUAACGUAAUUGCGUCUCACUGAACCGGUGAGUAGGAGCUAAAGAUAGAAAUAAUUAGUCUCCUUAUUUUUUUAAUUCAAAUCAAUUGCUCUAUAUACAGAAGGAUCUUGUUUUUUUUUUUCUUUUCUUUCUAAUCCUUGUGUAUGAUAAGACCGAAGGAAACCAGGCUGGCAGACAACCCCUGGAAGUCUUUUAUCUAAUUUGAUCGAUCUACUCUAAAUUUCCGGAUUUCACUUUCCGGCCACAUCUGACAAGGUGCAUGAGGAAAUUCAUCGACAGAUUUAACUCCACAUCAAUAUCGUAUAAAUUUGAUACAAAUUAGUUAUAUAUGCGAUAUUUAUAUAAAACAAAUACAGGUCGAAAAUAUGAUAAUGCAUUUACAUAACAUAAUUAUAUUCGUUCUACACAACAAUGAAUACUAUAAUGUCCAAUGGUCUGCAAGAUUAACAUGGUGAACUUGAAUUUGAUAACUUGCCUGGUUACUUUCAAUAUAAUCCAAUGCAAUUACACUUUAGUCAUAAACAAUUUUGAUUUAACCAAAAGGGUAUUCAUAUGAAUAUAUCAAAAGCUUUUGGAAUUAACUCCUUGCACGCUGAAUAAUUUUUGAGGGGGGAUAAUAAUUUUUUUUUCUAUGUUAUUUUCUUUGAUUCAAGAU